GUGCAAAACGUCAACAAAUGCUUUCAAAAGUUAUUUUAAUAUUAAUAUUCAAGAGUUUGAUAUAAAAGCCGACAAAAUGUCAUUAUUUUCAUCUGUUUUGGGAUUAAAUUCACAACUAAUAAGAAAUGUUUGGCAAAUAACGAGACAAACAUAUUUGUUACCAUCGAUGGUCACUAUUGAACAGAAAAGAAAUGCUUUUAAAAAUGCAAAGACUGUGAAGAGACGCAAAACACAUCCCUUUCAUUGGUGGCCAAGAGUUAGACGAAGAACUGACUUUCCUUUUAAAACUAAUAUCACUCAUGAAAAUCAAAAGUUUGUCGACGAGUAUAUCAAAGAUAAAUAUGGAAUUGAUUCAACUGAAAGCCCACUCAAAGGAAUCGAUUUGAAACGAGAAGAAUGGACUGAAGAAUCACAAAGAUGUGGAGUUAUUGCCCGAAAGAUUGGUCACUACCCGAUGUGGACAAAGAGUGGCAAACGAUUGCUCACCACUGUUGUACAAAUAGUGGAUAAUCAUGUAAUUAAAUACUACAGUCCUGAGGAAUGGGAGCAAAAUAGUCGAUCAUUUUAUAAAUAUCAUCGCAACUUUGGAAUGGGUGUUUGUAUAGUCGGUGCCGAAAGUACUGAUCCCCGAAAUUUUACCGCUGCUUAUAGAGGAUUAUUUACUGAGGCCGGUGUUAUGCCUAAGUCACGACUGUCCCGAUUCUUUGUCACACCAAAUGCAAAGCUGGCGCCGGGAACUUCUUUAACAGCAAUGCACUAUCGGGUCGGCGAUUAUGUGGAUGUUUGGGGCAAAACCAUAGAUCGAGGCUUUCAAGGGGUUAUAGUUAGGUGGGGUUUCAAAGGACAAGACAAAUAUAGAGGUGUCACCAAAGCUCACAGAAGAAUUGGUUCUAUAGGAAGAAGCAGAAAAUUGAUGGUUUUGAAGGGCCGUAAAAUGCCUGGACAUAUGGGCAAUGAACGACGGGUUCUUAAAGGGUUAAAAAUUUGGAGAAUUAAUACUAAACAUAAUGUUAUUUGGAUUCACGGACCUGCUAUACCUGGUCCUUGUCAUGGAUGGGUCUACUUAUAUGAUUCACGAAUCCCAGACAAAGAAUUAACGGCAGAAAAUUCGCCGCCAUUUCCCACAUAUUAUGCCGAACAUAGUAAUGAAGAGCUUCCUGAAGAUCUUUAUGAUAAAGAUUUACAAUCAUUUGAUUCGCCGACCAUUAUAUUUGAAGAGACAGAAGCAGAGCGUAAGGCAGCCUUAGCGGCGGCCAAAGCCACUAAAAAGGCUAAAAUCGCUAAAAUUCGUUAAUUUUAUGUCAAUAUUUGAUUUGAAGAAAGUUUAUUACUUUGUGGUAAUAUUAACAUUUAAUUUAUAGUAUAAUUAAAUACAUUAUAUAAGUUAUUGACACAAACUUACAAA